CAAUACCGUACCGAUUCAUAUACGCUGCGCUCCGACCGGAUCCGUCGGAGGCCGCCAAUUUGCGGCGUCGCCUUUUUCCGCGGCGGCCCUCUCAUUUCCACCAUUUAUAUUGAAUCGUUUCCUCUCCGAAGCUUUCGACGGAGGUAAGAAGAAAAGGAGCGGGUGAGAGGCGGGGACUUCUUCAAUUCAAUAAUAAUGGCGGAUGGUGACUCCUCUUCUGGAUCGGCCAAAGGAAAAUGGGAAGUUUCACCAUCCGACGUUUUUUAUCACUUUGGCACGAGCGGAACGGCGGUUGCUGCUGCGACCGGCGUUACUCAUCCUUUAGAUGUUCUAAAAGUGAGGCUGCAAAUGCAACUUGUCGGCCAAAGAGGUCCAUUGGUCGGCAUGGGAUCACUUUCUAUGCAAGUUGUAAAAAAUGAAGGAGUUAGAUCAUUAUAUCUGGGAUUAACUCCAGCAUUGAUGAGGUCAGUUCUUUAUGGAGGUCUUCGAUUAGGCUUGUACGAACCCUCGAAAUAUGUCUGUGAAUUGGCUUUUGAGUCCACCAAUGUCUUCAUGAAGAUUGCGUCCGGAGCAUUUGCUGGUUGUGCAGCAACUGCGCUCACCAAUCCAAUGGAAGUUUUGAAGGUUCGGCUGCAGAUGAAUACAAAAGCCUCUCGAACACCAAUUCGUGAACUUCAUAAAAUUGCUUCGGAAGAGGGAGUGGCUGCCCUUUGGAAGGGAGUCGGACCUGCCAUGACCAGGGCUGCAGCAUUGACUGCCACACAGUUAGCGACUUAUGAUGAAUCGAAGCAGAUGUUGAGGAGAUGGACUACUCUUCAGGAAGGAUUUUAUUUGCAUCUCAUUGCAAGCACCAUGGCAGGCACAAUGAGCACCAUCAUCACUGCACCUCUCGAUAUGGUUAAAACCAGGCUUAUGCUGCAGCGGGAAUCUAAAGAAGCCGGACUCUAUAGAAAUGGGCUCCAUUGUGCUUACAAGGUUCUGCUAACUGAAGGUCCUUCUGGUCUUUACAAAGGGGGCUUUGCAAUAUUUGCAAGAUUAGGUCCACAAACAACUCUCACGUUCAUAAUCUGCGAGAAACUGCGAGAACUGGCAGGAUUGAAGGCACUCUAAGCCAGAUUCAAAGAAAUAGAUCAUUGCUUGGCUAGAAGCAUGCAACCUAACCAGCCCAACAACUGAAUUCAAUGUACCAUCCGCAACCUUAAGGUAUGUAUUCUUGAAACUUGUUUUCUUUUUAUUACCAAUGAAAUUCAAGAAGAAGAAUCUUGUGAGGUCAAGGGUUGGGGUUGCAUUUAUUAUAUAUAUAUAUAUGUAUAUAGCCUUUUUAAUUAGUCAUCAAAGUUAGCCAACCUAAUUAGAUUAACCAUUCAAUUAUGGGCACACACUAACUUAAUAAUAAAUAAUAAUAAUAAUAAUAGAGGAAGUCACUCAGCACCACCUUUGGUCAUUAGUUUCUGUCGUCACGAUCACGUGACUUGGGCUUACCUUAGAAUUUAGAUUAGAUACUUUGUUUCUUUUUUUAGUCUCACAUACCCUAUAAUAUGUUUAUUUAAAUUUUUAAAAUAUUUCUUUAAAAAAAUCAUUCCAUAAUAUCUAAAUACAGAUGUAGCCACGAAUUUUAUUUAUUUGUAUUUUUAUAUUUUUUUUGUCUGGUCUUAUUGAAGCUUGAGGUUGGAAGUUUGUGCUAUUUCAAAGGUAAAAAAGUAGCCGUCAAGGCUCUCGAACUAAGGGAAAAUAGUAAUUAAUAGGGGAGGGCAGGGGUUUAUUGUAAUUUGUAAAUGUAGGUGGAGUUUUUUGAAAAGGUGAAAUACAAGUUUACAUAUCCGCCAUAGGUAAAGGCGCACGGAUCUUUUUCAUUUAGGAUUUUUUUUUUUCAAAUUUAAAUAAUAGUUUUAUUUAUAAAAAAAUAAAAAGAAAUAGACAUAUUUCUGGAAAAAUAUAGAAAUAUAAUACUACCUCCGUCCCACGUAUCAUGUACAUGUUGCCGUUUCUGUUCGUUCCACGUACCAUGUCAUUUUUAUUUUUUUAAAUGAUUAUACACUUCUUAAUUUAUAUUUAUUUAUAUUAUAAAAUAAUUAUUUUUACUAAUACAUUCUUAAUACCGUGUUUAAGGUGUAGCCGAUAUGGUAUGUGGGACGGAAAUAGUAAUAUUUAAUUAUUGAGAAACACGUUUUUCUUACCUAUAUUUUUUUAAUGCGAUUAUAGUAAUUUUCUGUAUGUAAGUUUGAAUUAAACUUUUUUAUUGAGUUUCAAUUAAAUAAUAUUUUAAAAUAAUAUUUAUUAAAAAAUAGAUAAUACUUCUUCGGUUUAAUUUUUAUGAUCUGCAUCAUUAUAUUUAAUAUUAAAAAUAUUGGUAUAAUUUUUACAUAAGUGUCAUUAUAAUAAUAUUAUAAAAUAUUAAUAGAAAUAUUUUUGUCAAAUCUCUCUUAAUUUAUACUAAAUUUUUAUGUAAUAAUUAAUAUUCAAAAUCAACAAGCAAAAAAUAAUUGAAUUUGGACUCGGACUUAUGUAAAUAUAAAUUUGAUUUAAUUUAAAAAUCAAAACUAAUCAAAUUCUUCACACACACUGCCUGAUUAUUGCUGCCUUGUCGUGUCCUCGCUGGCACUCCCCUAAUUAAGCGCUGGCGUUGACGUCCCGGGACCUUCUCUCGGUCCCCACCUCUUCAAUUUCGUCUCCGAGAUUUCCAUACGCCGCACAUGCCUUUCUAUAUAAUUAAAAAUUAAAAAAAAAAAAACUAAAAAGUUAGUCCCGCAAGAAUAACACGGCGGUGAGUUGGGACAUUUGAGUUUGAGAUCAUAGUAAAUCCCCAACAAAUUUAAUGUAUUUUGUUUAAAUUUUUUAUUUGAAUUUUAAUUUAAAUAAUAUUUUGAUGUUAUGUCUUAUAAUAUAAUACUCCUUCCGUCCCACAUACCGUGUCUGCUACACUGUAUACAGUGUAUUUUAUGAGGCGUGUAAUUAGUAGAUAAUUAAGAAUAUAUUAGUGAAAAUAAUUAUCCGAUAAUAUAAAUAGUUAUAAAUUAAGAUUAAGAUAACUAAUUAGUUUAAUUAAAAUUUUAAAAAUAUAAAAUUAAAAGGUUUAAAAUAAGAUUAAAGUGUGUAAUCAUU